CUGUGUUUUCACAGGAGGGAAACUUCGCUAUCCAACAAGCCACAGCUAAGGAGUUUCGCCAUUAUUUCUUAAACGAUCAAUUGUGCGUGUCAGGGGGAAAUACUGUGGUUUUUAAAUCUAAUUAAAGGUUCCUCAGUGUCAGUUUAAGGAGCUGCAAAAGUCAUGUCUGGUAUAGCUUUGAGUCGCCUUGCUCAAGAACGAAAGGCUUGGCGGAAGGAUCAUCCAUUUGGUUUUGUAGCUGUUCCAACCAAAAACCCUGAUGGAACAAUGAACCUGAUGAACUGGGAGUGCGCCAUUCCUGGAAAAAAAGGGACACCUUGGGAAGGCGGUUUGUUCAAACUGCGAAUGCUCUUUAAGGAUGACUAUCCAUCUUCCCCUCCAAAAUGUAAAUUUGAGCCGCCACUCUUCCAUCCCAAUGUCUAUCCAUCAGGAACAGUCUGCCUAUCAAUUUUAGAGGAGGACAAAGACUGGAGGCCAGCUAUUACAAUUAAGCAGAUCUUGCUAGGAAUCCAAGAACUCCUAAAUGAGCCAAAUAUUCAGGAUCCUGCACAAGCCGAGGCAUACACAAUCUACUGCCAAAACAGAGUGGAAUAUGAAAAAAGGGUCCGAGCACAAGCCAAAAAGUUCUCUCCAUAAGUCUCAAGAUUUUUCUGUGACGGAACGAAAUAUCGGACCGUGCCCCGCCCCCCUGCAGUAUUUCUUAGCUGCUCUUCUCAUUGCCCUUCUCCUCUUUCCACAAAUCUCCAUGCAGGUGUGAAGAAAACUGAAUGUGCCAUCAUUAUGUCCGGUGACACCUAACUGAGCAUUCUAUCUGCUCAUAAUUUGACUUUGUCUUUUGGGGAAAUAAAUAAAUAAAUAAAUGGAGAUCAUUGCCACGUAUCAAAGCGAAUCCGUAGCGCAGACACAAAUUCCUCCUUCCAGGAAUCCUGGGGUGCCACAGCUCUGCACGAUUUCCAUGUUUUCUCUCCUCCUGUAUUCUUGAAUCACAAGCAGCUUGCUAAUUAGCUAAUGUGUGUUUGAUCAGGGACAACAAAACUACACAAUGGAGGCUUUUCUCUUCCUGAGGCCUGUCUCAUGAAGCAUGAUUAAUCAGUUAGCUAUCUAUCUUUCAGCUUAACCCAUGGGGUAGGUUAUCCUACCGUACAUUAUCAUGGUAACCACCUGCCUUAAGUUAGACUCUGAGAUUAUAAACAGCUCGUGGGCCAGUUGUUUAAUCCUCUAUUUAUAAAUUACAGCUAAUCUCUGGAAACCUUUUUUUUUUUUUUCAUUUAACAUCUUAUUAGAGGCUCUUUGCAGUUACUUUCCUUUUGGUUUUUCUACUUGGGGCCAGGUAAGAUCAUUUGUACUUAAAUGAAAUGUAAGCUACAUUUAAACUUUAGAUCCUGUUCCAGCCCUUAGAGAACACAAGGCUGUUUUGCGUUUCAUACGUCACCUCAUCUUGACCGUACUGUAGGCACAGAGAUUACUGGGAUAGUCAGACUUAAGUCAGACUGCUAAAAUUAGUAUGCUCAGUGGCUUCCCCCUUUUCUCUCACUGUUUUCUGUGUGUGACUUGUCCACCUGACCUACGUGCAGUUCGCAGUGCCUCGGAUGAAAAUGAUUAGCUUGAAUACCAGAUAUCUACGUUCAGAGUGUGUUUAACACAAGAACUGGACCUGGGUAUUCUUACACACAUACCUGGUUGGGCAUCUUGAUUGUUUGACCCCAAAUACAUGGACACCUGAUCAUUGAAUCUAAGAACCGAAUUUAAACUGGAUCAAACCGAGGUUAGAGCUAAGUUUGUUGUGGAAGAACUCAAGUUUCCUGACUGAUCUCAACAGCUUUGGGAUGAACUGAAACCGAAUCCUAUUUGACAUUUUGACUUAAGUGCAUGAGCUAUGUUUUUUUUAGAUCAAUAAACACACACACAUGGCCCACAAGCUUUUCCAGAAGUUUGGAGAUGAUGUUGAUGAUGAUUAUUAGUAGUGGUAGUGUUAGUAGGAUUAUAACAGCAGAAGCAAGAACAACUCUAAUUAUAAUAUAAAUUUUUGGAUUGGGAUGUUCAAUACUUGGGUGACCAAAUUCUUUUGGUCAUACAUUGGAUCAUCUCUCUAUCCUGUUUAGGACAUGAUCUAUUCCAUUUCCUGGAAAUUAUACUACUAAUUAAUUUAAAGCCAUUUUCUUUUAUCAAAAGGAGCAAUGGUAUUUAUUAAAUCUUGGUUUAUAAUCUUUUUUUCUGUUACAUAUUGUGCCCAUCAUCUUUCCAUGCUUCCAACAGCUUAGCUAACAUUUCUUUACCCUGCUUCUUGAGACAUGGCCCUGGUCAGAAGAUAACUUAGGGAUAUGUUGUUUACUGUAUACUUGUGAUACGCCAGAGCUUCUUAUGUGCAAAAUCGAAGCACUGGAGGGGGAAAAAAAAACAAUGAAAAGACAAGCAUAAUUAUUAACCCAGAAGGAAAUUUUGUGUGCUUUGGUUAAUAUUUUUUAUUUCUAACUGCCCUCUUUGAUUCUCGUUCAUGAUUUUAAUUAUAUAAGACAUGCUGUUACUUAAACGUCAAUAUUGCAGCUGCUGUAAAACAAUGCUUUUAUACUUUCAUGUUUUUUUCUUUUUUUUUUUUUCCUUUUUUUUAUUACUGUGUCCAUAUAACUUUCCAUUCCCCGUGUGGGCAGUGUAGACAGCAUGUUGUAAUAUAAGGUAUAAUAGAUUUUUUUUUGCUGCUUUGGCAAAACAUACACAAAAAAGCCCACUGAGUAAAAGAAAAUAAGGAUAUACAGUUAUGUCUUGGUGUUUUUGUUCUUGUAAGUGUUUAGAGUAAAUAAAAAUGUUUAUACAUUGCCAAA